GCAAGAUGCGCCUGGGCAUCUUCCUUGCCGUUGUGUCCCUGGGCAUUCUACACCGGGCCUCGUCGGUCCCACACGGGGUAUUGCCCCCAAGUGCGUACGCUGUGGGACUUGACACUUCCCUCCAGCUUUCUAAGGCACCAGCCGACGAAUGCAAAAACGUUUCUUCGCCAGGCAGUCAGAAAUGUGGAACAAAGACGGUGACCCACGAGAAGACUGAGAUUAUCAUCGAGAAGACAGUGGAAACCGAAAUCAUAAAUGGCGGUAAAGCUCAAGAAUGUAAAGGUUGCCCCGACAUUGGGACAACGACGAACGCUCCUGUUACAACACCUCCGACUACUCCGGUGCCUUGCACGUCAACGACACCUCAGACACCAACCGUUCGAACCACACCUUCCAUGUCCACAACUACGGCGCCUCCGACUUCACCAACAACGCCCCCGCCAAGGAAAGACCCCGUGACUAGAAAAACCCUCGGCAAGUGCAACCCCGUCAACUGCAAGCUUCCCAACUGCAUGUGCGAGAGCACGACACCUCCGGUAGACGACAUGCCUCAGUUCGUGAUGCUGACCUUCGACGACGCUGUCACGAAGACUAACAUGGAGUUCUACCGGGAGCUUCUUGAUAAUCCCAAGCGCAAGAACAAGGCCAGCGGUUGCCGCAUCGCGGCCACUUUCUUUGCCUCGGGCGACUACCUUGACUACCCGUCCGUGAACGAGCUCCACAGGAUGGGCAACGAAAUUGCGCUACACUCCAUCAGUGUCAAUAGAAAUCCAUAUGACUACUGGAAGAGCCUGGACACGGAGGGCUGGGAGCGCGAGUUCGUCGACCAGCGGCUGAUGGUGGAGAAGUACGCCAACGUUCCCGCACAAGACAUCAGGGGUCUCCGGGGUCCUUUCCUCUUCACCGGGGGCGAUGUCGGUUUCCGGAUGCAGCACCGUCACCUCGACUACGACUGCACGCUGAUCCACAAGAGGAACGGCCCGGACGACGCCCCGGUCUUUCCGUACACGCUCGACUACGGCUUCCAGAAGCCUUGCAUGGUGCACCAGUGUCCUAACGACACCUAUCCCGGCCUCUGGACAGUGCCCCUGAAUUAUCUGUUCAGAAAAUAUGAGGAGGAAGGAGCCGAUAAAUACGGGCACUGUUCGAUGGCGGACGCCUGCCAACCGGAACUGAAAACUUCCAGUGAUACAUUUGAGUACCUAAGAUUCAACUUCGAGAACUUCCACAACACCAACCGGGCUCCGUUUCCCGUCUUCCUCCAAGAGGCUUGGCUCCAGGACGAAGAACGGAAGAAAGGCUACCUUCGCUUCGUGGACUGGCUCCUGCAAAAGGAAGACGUGUACCUGGUCACCGUGUCCGAAGUGCUCGACUUUAUGAGGUACCCUGAGCCUAGAAGCAGCUACGCUCAGCGCCGCUGCACUAAAGAAAACCUGCCCGAGCCCACGUGUCCGAAACAGACACCUUGCCAUUACCCAACGACGACGCUCGGAGGAGAACGCUACAUGAGGAUCUGCGGAACGACCUGUCCUGAAAACUACCCGUGGGUCAACAAUCCGGACGGCAAUUAG